AUGUCGAAAGCAAAAUACAUUGUUGAAGGAGGAUCCUCAAAUCGACCUCCAUUCUUUGAUGGAUCAGACUAUUAUUUUUGGAAAAACAAAAUGCAGCUGUUCUUAAAAUCUCAAGACACAGGAAUGUGGCACAUCACUACAGAUGGAGAUUUCACACCAAGGGUUGAUCAAGAUGACUCGAAUUCUGCCUUAAAAAAGGAAGCAUAUUGGACAGCAGAAGAUAAAGCUAAGGUACUUCUAAACUCUAAAGCUCAAUUAUUCUUAUCAUGUGCUUUAAGGAGGGAAGAAAGUGAAAGGUUAGAUGAAUGCACAACUGCAAAAGAAGUUUGGGAUACAUUGCAAACUCACCAUGAAGGAACAAGCCAUGUCAAAGAAACAAGGAUAGACAUUGGUAUAAGGAAAUUCAAAUUGUUCGAAAUGCAAGAAGGAGAAACCAUUGAUGAAAUGUACUCAAGAUUCACCACAAUAGUAAAUGAAAUGCGCUCUCUUGGCAAAGCCUACACUGUGCAAGAAAGAGUAAGAAAAAUCAUGAGGUGUCUUCCAAUCAUUUGGAGACCAAUGGUGACAGCUAUAAGCCAAGCCAAGAACCUUGAAUCACUGCCUCUGGAAGAACUAAUUGGAACUCUAAGAGCUCAUGAGGUAGUAUUGCAAGAAGACAAACCAGUCAAGAAAGGAAAGGCAAUAGCACUGAAAGUCUCUCAAGAUAAAAUCACAGUACCAGUUGAAGAGGAAUCAGAAGAAAAUGAACAAGGAGAUGCUGAUGAAGUCACGUUUCUCACUAGAAGAAUACAAAAAAUGAUGAGAAGAAGAGAUCAAAUCAAAAAGGGAUUUCAAAACAGAAAUCCUAAAACAGAGAUUGACAAGAGUCAAGUCACAUGCUUUGGAUGCAACAAAUUGGGACAUUACAAAGCAGAAUGUCCAUCAAACAAAAAUCCACCAAAACGAUUUCCCUUCAAAAAGAAAUCAAUGAUGGCAACAUGGGAUGAUUCAGAGGAAUCAGAAACAGAAGAAGAGGAAGAAGAAGCCAACAUAUGCUUGAUGGCAAAAACAGAGGAAGAUGAGGUAAUGAAUUCUGAACCAUGUCAUUUAUGUCAACAAAUGGGAAAUGAAUUUGAUAACUUGCUAAAUGACUCAAAUCUCCUUAUUCAAAAAUGUAGUUCUCUGAAAGAACAGUUUUAUAAAGAGAAAGAAGAGAAGGAAAGAAAUCAAACUGAAAAUAAUUUGUUAAAAAAGAUGAUUCAAGAAUUGAAAGAAACAAGAGUUUUUGAAAGUGAAGAAUGUCAAGAACAUUCUGCGCUACAAACGGAGAACGUUCAACUCAAAAAUGAAAACGAACUUCUCAAAACUGAUUUACUAAACUUCAUUAAAGCCACUGAAACUUUUCAUAACAUCAUGGGAUCUCAAAUAGGAAUUUUUGAUAAAGCUGGUCUUGGUUUCAAUCAAACUCAAAAAACCAAACUUUAUGAAAACUUCUUUGUUGGUUUUCAAAAUACAAAGAGAAAGCCUUGGUUCUUGGACAGUGGCUGUUCAAGGCACAUGACAGGAGAUAGAAAUUGUUUCAUAACCUUCAGCAAGAAGGAUGGUGGUUCGGUCACAUUUGGAAAUGAUGAUCAAGCUCAAAUUAAGGGAAAUGGAACAAUUGGUAAGACAAACUCUGCUCAAAUAAAUGAUGUCCAAUACGUGGAAGGAUUGAAACACAAUUUAUUAAGCAUAAGUCAGUUAUGCGACAAUGGAUGCGAAGUCAUUUUCAAGCCAAAGGUAUGUGAAAUCAAGAAGGCCAAAACUGGAAAAAUUCUGUUCUCUGGUAAGCGAAAGAAAAAUUUAUAUGUGUUAUACACCAAGGGUACAAAAUCUCCUCCACAAGAACGUUCACCACCACAAGAACAUUCUCCAACUGCCCCUCCACCAAAAUCUUCUUCACAAAAGAAUUCCAAACGAUCUUCCCCUAUAUCCACAUCCUCUGAUUCUGAACCAUCUCCCCCAACUAAGAAACCAAAACAGAAUGCUCCUCCUCUAAUCUCCCUUGCAAAAUCAAAACUCUUCAAUGAAAAAUGGGCUCAACGCCCAGUUGGGAUAGGAAGAAUCUUUGUUUUUGAUAAUCUUGUUGUGGAUGGCAAUGCUGUUCAGCACCAUACGAAUGGAGUGGAAAUCAGAUUGACUCCAGACAUUUUGGCCAACAUCCUUCAGCUUCCAACAGAAGGGCCAUCUGUCUAUGGUGACAACUGGUAUGCAGCUCUGGGUCUUAGAAAGACAGAUGUUUUGGCUGAGCUGUUUGAAGAAAACUCCACACGUUAUUUAGCCACUUACUUAAAGCCUCUUCCUAAAGUCUUCAACAAUAUGUGUCAACAUACUCUACUUCCACACUGUGGAAGUCAUGAGUACGUUUCUGAUAAUGACGCCUUGCUCAUCUAUCAUCUGUUAAACUGCAAGAGAUUGAAUUUACCUCAUGUUAUUCUCCAGCACAUGAUCUGUGCAGCCCAAAAAGAUUACAAAAAGAAUAUUGUGCCUUAUGGCAUGGUCCUGACUAAAAUCUUCAGGCAUUUUGGAGUAUCUCUUGCAUCUGAAAAAUCUUUGAUAAAAAUUUCCAAGUUUUCCACCAAAAAUUUAUCUCAUAUGCGCAACACCGCCUCUGCUCCAACACCUACUCCUCUAUCCUGUCCCAUCUCUCUCAAAAGGAAGAGAUCAGCCGGAAGACGACCUUCCAGAAAUUCUAUUUCUUUUUCUUCUCCUUCUACUGAUCCCAAUGCAAUCUCAAACAAAACUCCUUCACCAGAACGUUCUCCACCCCCUCCAGAACGUUCUCCAGAACUUAUUCCAUCACAUCCCACUCUUUUUGCUCAAACAUCUGGCACUAUCCCUUCACAUAUUCCCUCUUAUUCUCAACCACUUCACUGCCCUACACAUGACUUUAGUACUCUCUUGUCUAAUCCUCUUCUGUCUACCAUGUCUCCACUGUUUGUUUCACCACAGAAAACCAGUUCCUCCAUUUUUGGCAUAAGUCAGUUUUUGAACUUUCCCGCUACUGCUGACCACUCUACCUCAUCUGUUGGCCCCCUACCAUCUAUUUCAUCUUCUUUUGCCUCUCUUCCAUCCUUAUCUACCAUGUCUAUUCCCUCCAACACAGUUGUCGCUACCUCUUCUCAACCCUCCGCUCACCUUCCCUCCACUUCCACCUUAGCUGCACCCUCACACUCUGAUAUCAUGGCCGCUCUCCAGAUCAUCAUGGCAAGACAAAUUCAGCAUGAUCAAGAGACUGCUCUACUCAGAACUUGGAUGGCUGAUCACCUUGCUCCCAAGCUGGGAAUUCCACCUCCGCCUCCUCAUCCGGUGCCCCCUCCCUCUCAGAUCCCUCCUGCUGGAAAAUCCUCCUCCUCCGAAGGAUCUUCUCCCUCCCUAGCAUCUUAG